UUAAAUAAAAUAUAAUGCCUGUUUUAUGUACAAAAAGUAAAAUGUAGAAUAUAAAAAUGUAUAAUGUAUCAUUUUAAUAAGAAAGUCUGUGCUGUUGCCUAUUCCUGAAGAAGUUUUUUCUUUAGGGGGAUUCUAGUUUCGAGAUCUGGCAACCCUGAUGUCGUCACGCCUCUUCCCUGUUGUUACCUGUACAGAAACAUGGCGGUGGAUGUGUGGAAUAAAGUGAAUAUUCCUCGGCCGAGUGUUGUUUCCACGUGUCGAAUGGACUUCAGGGCUGAAACAGACAGAAUAACAGAACGGGUAGUGUCUCACUGUGAAGAUGCGCUGAAACUGCUGCGCAGUAAAGUUCUGCGGACGGAGAUCCGCCUGCUGUAUGAGAUCCUGUACGUGGUGAACAACAGCCAGAGACAGCACAAACCCUUCAGAGCCGUUAAACAGGUGGAACAAUGCAUAAACCGGCUAAACGAAAUGAAACUGCAGGGGGCUCUACAAGACCUUCAGGAGCUGUGCCCCAACAAAAUUCAGAGGGAUGUUGGGGUGGAAGUUGGAGAGUGCAGCGUGCCCAGUCAGCCCAUGCUGGAGUGGUUUUGUCUCAAACUGCUGGGAGCUUCCAGUCUCCUGGCUCGAACCCUGGACCAGUGUAUCAAAGCCUUCUCACUGACGAGGCAGCACCUACGGCUGGCUGAGUUCAUUGUGUUGAACUUGGUCAUUUUAAGCAUGAUCAGUCGACUCUGGGUGUUCUUUAGAGGUAUCCUGAGAGCCCUCUUGCCCAUAUACAAGAGCACCAUAGAGCUCCGUCAGCAGGUGGCCCAGUGUGUGCCGAUGGCCUACCUGACCGAUUACAACCUGCCUCAAGAUCUGGAAAGCUUUCUAGGCACCUCCCAUCGUGACCUGCUCAAGGUAGAGAGUACAACGUUAGCCCCCAAGACCUCUGCCCUCAACAAGCUCUUUCAAGGAGGAACAGAGGAGCAGGUGGAGGAUGGAGGAGAAGAGGAAAGCCAGAUGAUGCAGAUGCUGGCCAGAGAGGGACCGGGGAAGUCUAGCAUGGAUCUAGGGACGACCAUUUUACGAGAAGGUCCAUUUUACUCUGCCUCUUCAUCAGACAUAAAAUCCAUGCUUCUGCGAACCCAUGGAGUUUCCAAAGAGUGUGUAGCUGAAGUGUUUAAGAAGGCAUCUCCAGUGGAGUCGAACAUCUCAGACUUGGCAUUAGUCCAGCAGAAGAGAGCAUUCUUAAAGCAGCUGAGGACUGCGUCCUCUUUUACCGAGGUGGCCGUCCAGCUGAAGGAGAUGAUGAACUGGUGCAGGAGGUGUAAGCUGCAUCAAGAGCGCCGACAUCUGGCUUUCUUACUCCUCCAGUGCCGGAGGAUGAAUAGUUUGGAUGGUGAAGGGGUUCGGGUGCAGAAGAAGCUGAGAAGAUUGUGUCUAAGGGUCAAAAAUGUGAUGGUUAAAGGAACGGAAGCCUCCCAGCCUCAGUCUUCACCUGCUUUUCUGUGGAGGACUCGAUGCUGCAUAAAGAACCGAUUUAGAACGCUUAUGACACGUUAUGGAAGUGUGAGGAACCGAUUCACAGUGUGUAGAACACCUUCUCACAUAGCCAAAGAUCUUUUUGGCGUGACUGCAAAGAAAAAAGGCAGGAAGAACAUAAAGGUUCUGCCAAAAGAAGACUUUGUGAAGCAAAGGACGCUGGAAAGUGAGGUCACGCACAGUCAAAAAGAAAACUCAGUAGUGAUUGAGGACGCUUCAGAGAAACCCAGCAAUGUGAAAAAGAGUGAGAUUGAUGACAUCUUUGCAAUGAUUGGAUUUUGAUUUUAUAUCUAUAGAUGAUGAUUCAACAUUAAAAUGACUCAAAAUAAAAAUAUUGUGGACCA